AUGGCUUCCGAUUCGAUCUACACCUGCACGGAGUGCGGGGCAAACCUGAACCUGAGCGCCUCCUAUCUCUACCCACCGGACUUCUUCUUCGAGGCCGGCAACAAGGGAACGCUGUCGUUUUCGUGGGUCGACAGCACCAAGUUCAGGUUCGAGAAGGAGGACAAGAUCAGGCCCUUUUUCGAAACCAGAAACUACUGGGGCAUCCAGAGGACCAGGACCAAGAUCAAGUGCAACGGCUGCGGGCGGCUCGUCGGGCAUAUCUACGAUGAUGGGCCCCCCAUGACUGACAGUCCAGGUCAGUUCCACAUGGGGCCCAGCCAGGUCAUUCCCAGAGCUGCUAGAUAUAGAUUCAAGACCAAGGCCCUUCGUGUUUCAUCGUCUGGGACUUAG